GGCCCGCCGAGGCUUCCUGUCUGCGCCUGCGGAAUCGCCGUUUGACCCCGGAAGUGCCGGCUCAUUGGGAGCUGUCACCGUGGACCGCGGCAGCGGCGGCGGCGGCAGCGGUGGCUGUGGCGGCGGCACAGCGCCGGUAGUGGAGCCGCCGAGGAGGGUCACGCAGCACAAUGCCAGCUCUGCCCUUGGACCAACUCCAGAUCACCCACACGGACCUGAAGACAGGAAAACUGAGGACUUCACCAGCGCUGCACCCCGAGCAGAAGGCAGACCGGUAUUUUGUGUUAUACAAACCGCCCCCUAAAGACAACAUUCCCGCCCUAGUGGAGGAGUACCUGGAACGCGCCACCUUCGUAGCCAAUGACCUCGACUGGCUCCUGGCCUUGCCUCACGAUAAAUUCUGGUGCCAGGUUAUCUUCGAUGAAACCCUGCAGAAGUGCCUGGACUCCUAUCUGCGCUAUGUACCCCGAAAGUUCGAUGAGUGGGUGGCCCCGGCCCCUGAGGUUGUUGACAUGCAGAAGCGCCUCCAUCGAAGUGUUUUCCUCACUUUCCUCCGCAUGUCCACUCACAAGGAAUCCAAAGAUCACUUCAUUUCCCCCUCUGCAUUUGGAGAAAUCCUCUACAAUAACUUCCUGUUUGACAUCCCAAAGAUCCUGGACCUCUGCGUGCUCUUUGGAAAAGGCAACUCGCCUUUGCUCCAGAAGAUGAUAGGAAACAUCUUUACCCAGCAGCCAAGUUACUAUAAUGACCUGGAUGAAACCAUGCCCACCAUCCUUCAGGUUUUCAGCAAUAUCCUCCAGCACUGUGGUUUGCAAGGGGACGGGGCCAGUGCCACACCCCAGAAACUCGAGGAGAGGGGCCGGUUGACCCCCAGCGACAUGCCUCUCUUGGAAUUAAAAGACAUUGUUCUCUACCUUUGUGAUACCUGCACUACGCUCUGGGCCUUUCUGGAUAUCUUCCCCUUGGCUUGCCAAACUUUCCAGAAACACGACUUCUGUUACAGACUAGCUUCCUUUUAUGAAAUCGCAAUUCCUGAACUGGAGUCUGCAAUGAAGAAGAGGAGGCUUGAAGAUAGCAAGCUGCUAGGUGACCUGUGGCAGAGGCUGUCUCAUUCCAGGAAGAAGCUACUGGAGAUUUUUCACAUCCUCAUAAACCAGAUCUGCCUUCUCCCUGUCCUGGAAAGCAGCUGUGACAACAUUCAGGGCUUCAUUGAAGAGUUCCUUCAGAUCUUCAGCUCCUUACUGCAGGAGAAGAGCAGGUUCCUCCGGGACUACGACACACUCUUCCCUGUGGCUGAUGAUGUCAGCUUGCUACAGCAGGCCUCCGCAGUCUUGGACGAGACACGGACUGCCUACAUCCUCCAGGCGGUCGAGAGCGCGUGGGAAGGGGUGGACCGACGGAAAGCCACAGAUGCUAAAGACCCACCGGUGGCCGAGGAUCCUAAUGGGGUCACUGUGUUGGCGGAGCCAGUCGGUGGACCAUCCUCACAUCCAGAAAACUCAGAGGAAGAGGAGCUCUCUCCGCAGUGCAUGGGGGCGGCAGCCACCCUGGGCCCCCCCGUGUGUGGCGUGGAGCUGGACUCGCUCAUCUCCCAAGUGAAGGACCUGCUGCCAGACCUCGGAGAGGGCUUCAUCCUGGCCUGCCUGGAGCACUACACCUAUAACCCGGAGCAGGUGAUCAACAACAUCCUGGAGGAGCGGCUGGCCCCGGCCCUCAGCCAGCUGGACCGCAGCCUAGACAGGCAGGUGAAGCCAGACCCGACACCCCUGCUGACGUCUCGUCACAAUGUCUUCCAGAAUGAUGAGUUUGAUGUGUUUAGCAGAGAUUCAGUGGACCUGAGCCGGGUGCACAAGGGCAGGAGUGCAGUUUGCGCCAGCCCGAGCCCAUGGUGCCUUGAACCUUCAUGCUCACAGCCUUCAAAGCCUGAUGGUUUCCUCUCUCUCUGCUGUCCCCGCCUGUCCGCUGCCAGGAAGGAGGAGAACACACGGAGCCUGCUGAACGACAAGCGGGACGUGGUCGCGCAGCGGCAGCGCUAUGAGCAGUAUAGCGUGGUGGUGGAGGAGGUGCCCCUGCAGCCUGGCGAGGGCCUGUCCUACCGAGGUGAUGACUACGAGGACGAGUACGAUGACACAUACGAUGGCAACCAGGUGGGCGCCAACGAUGCCGACUCGGAUGACGAGCUCAUCAGCCGCAGGCCCUUCACCAUCCCUCAGGUGCUGAGAACCAAAGUGCCCGGAGAAGGGCAGGAAGAGGACGAGGAGGAGGAAGAGGAGGCUGAAGAAGAGGCUCCUAAGCCUGACCAUUUUGUGCAGGACCCUGCAGUGCUGCGGGAGAAGGCAGAAGCCAGGCGGAUGGCCUUCCUCACCAGGAAGGGAUACCGGCACGACAGCUCGACGGUAGUGGCCGGCAGCCCCCGGGGCCACGGGCAGAGCCGUGAGACAACCCAGGAACGCAGGAAGAAGGAAGCCAACAAGGCGACGCGAGCCAACCACAACCGGAGAACCAUGGCUGACCGCAAAAGAAGCAAAGGCAUGAUUCCAUCCUGAGGCCGCCCUGUCAGGGCCAGCCGGGAGGCAGCAGCACCAGACCUGCCAGGCUGAGUUACCAUAGCCUUGGGUCUCCUCACCAGUUGGCCUCCUGCCAGGGCCCCAAGUUCAACUCCACCCCUCAACAGCCUCAGCUUCGCAGCCCCUGAGAAGGCCGCCUCGUCGUCCACCAGCCAGCCGUGAGCGCCUUCUUGCAGAACACACAGUGCCUUAUCCCACAGUGGAGGAACCCCUGGGGCCAGCGAGCAGGCAAAAGGGAUGGGGACGGAGCCCCAAGGCAAGCCCCACAAACCUCAUGCAGCAAGACACCACUUCUCUUGGUGGUUUCCUUCCUGGACGGCAGGAAACCUGUAAAUUCCAAAACAAAAACAGAAAAGGCCUGCAAAUAAAGUUUUUGACCCUUUCAAGCAAUGAUCCAUGAUGUGCCCCUGGCCUGCUCCCCCUGUACCCCAUUCUUCAGUGACAGCCACCAUCGGGAGAGCAAGAGAGCAGGAUGAUCACCUGCUCUGCUCAUCAGCCCUGCGUGCUUGCCUCUCAUUUUAACCCCUCCUGAUGUUGCCCUGCUUUGCUGUGUGGCCCUGAGCACAUUACUCCCUCCUCUGAACCUCUAGUCCCUGCUUGUAGAAGGAAGAGAUGAGGUUGUGAGGCCCUCUGGUCCUUUCCGUGUUCUCGUUCAGUCCCUACAACCUCUACCCUAGGAGGUAGGGAGUAUUUCCGGCCCUGUGGUGUAGGUGAGCCACUGAGAGCUGGAGGUGCCUGCCCCGGCUACAGGCAGGAAGUGGGAGAACAAGGAUUUGACCCUCAGUCGGACCCCUGGCCUUUAUAGCAUCCUAGACGGCGGGGUCAUUGCCAUCUCACAGCGGACCUGAGGACACUUGUCCCGUAGCAGAGCCAGUACCAGAGCUCGGCGCCUGCUGGUUGUGUGUACCCUCCAUCAGAUCCUGCAGAGUCAAGGAGUCGGAGACCAGAAGACACCAGUGAGGAUGUCCCUACCAAGCCCCGUUGAAGGACUUGGGUCCAGUUCCUCAAAACCUCCUCCUGGGCAUGGCCGAUUGGUUCACCGUGUGGCAGCAGCUGCCAGGCAGCCUGAUUCCUGGGCCCCCGAGAAUGUUGCUGAUCAACAGAGGAUCGGCCGCGGGGUGUUUGCUGGCCUGAUCCUGCCCAGCCUGGCCUGGAGGCCAUCCGCGGGAUCCAGGGCCCCUGCCCAGCUGGACCUUGACAAAUCACCCUAGAUGCUUGUGUAAUUUAUUUGCAUGUGGUUAGGAUGAGCGUCUGGAGCAGCGAGGCAGACAGGCCCUUGACGAAUUGGUUUUGUUAGGUCAGCCACACAAGCGAAAAUCAAUAGCAAUUCCUCUGAGUCACGCCAGUUCUCUUGGUGCAUUUGAGAUGCAGAGCAGAUAGGAGAGUGGUGUCUUCUCCUCGAGCUGCUGAAUUAGCUGAGAUCGGGCUCGGGGUCAGCCACUCUGGCAGGCAGCAGGAAGACUCUGCUUCCUCCUCGAGGCAUUUGCCAGGAACCGUACAGGCGAGGGUCAUUUCUUUUCUCUCUCCCUGAGCUCCUCAGACCCAGCUCUUGGCCCUGGAGCAAGGUGAGGUGAGUUAGGGGAGCUCUGGCCUUUACCUACCUUACCUGUUACUGUUCACACAGCCCCUCUCACCUUCAUUCUGUCAUACAUGCCUCCUGACCGCUGGGAGCAGUGUUCAGGCCUCACCUUGGCAUUCUGGUUUAAAGGAUUGGAGAAGACAGCGAUUUUUCAAACUUUCCAGAAUGUACUGCCAGGUCAAACUUGAUCUCCCUUGAGGAACUAUGUUCUUCCUCAUUUCAGAUCUUGAGGGCACCCCUUCAGGGAUGUUUGCAAACACCUCACUCAGGAGUCAUCCAGAGCAGUGCUUUACCUUCACCUCUCAGGGCCUCAGUUUUCCCAUCUGCGAAGUGGGUACGUUGGGCCAGGUGAAUGGUUUCCACCUGGUGCCAAUCCAAUCCUCUGAGGAGGCCCCAAGGUUUAAGAUGGGCAAUGGCAGAAAUGUUACAAGUGAAGUGGGUGGGAGCCCUGAACCCUGCUCACUUGAUCACUGGGCCCCGCCACCCCACCACUGCUCCUAAGCAGGAAUUUCUAAGUGCCUUCUCUGCACCCUAUUAGAGAACACGACUAUCACAGGCAUUUCCCGGGAAGCUUUUAUGACCCAGUACCUCCAAGAGGACUUAGGACUUUGAAUGUCAUUGUUUCUAGCUCACGAGUGGCAAUGGUAGCAGACGGGUCUGUCUGAACAGUGCUACCGUGCUUCUGUGAGGUGGGGAGGGCAGGGCAGAGCCUGUCAUGGAUAAAAGGGACCCGGGAGCCCAGGGAGGCAAGUUAGCAGCAGAGCCUGGACGCAGGUCCUUUCUUAGCUCCAGGUGCACUCUGGAAAAGUAAGCAAUUAGCAGGAAACUGCCUGUCCCUGUCACACCGGGAGCUUGGGCUAAAUAAUGCAGGGAGGGAGACCAACAAAACCACAAACAAAAGUCCACCCACCAAAAAUGCAGGGGGUGGUUGUGGAGCCCCCUUCUUUAAAAUGAUGUCAAUGAACACUUGGUAGCAAUGUGAGAAACGAAAUAUUGAAGAAUCAGUUUGUUGUUCUUGUUGUUUUUUAAGAGAAUAAAUUGGAUGGUAAUGCUCCA